AUGAGUUUGGGGGGCUUUAGUUUUGGAUGCGCUGUAGCCCCAGCUGCCGCAGGCCAACCUAUCAACACCAGAGAUGAUUCCAACAAACCUUCAUUCACUAGUUUGGGGGGCUCUGGUUUUGGAGUUCCUUUAACUUCAGCUGCCCCAGUCCAACCUAUCUACACCGGAGAUGAUUCCAACAAACCAAAACAAAUCAUCAGUUCAACACAGUUCCCAGCAGCUUGGCCAAAGUUGGAGUCUCAAUGGAGAGGAGUGGAAUGGACAGAAGACAAAAGGACGAGCCUGAUGAAGACUGUCAGCUCCUACAGACCUAGCUGUGAAGAGGCGACUCAGGCUCGGGUUCUCCUCCUGGGCCCAGUGAGUUCUGGAAAGUCCAGCUUCAUCAGUUCAGUCCAGUCUGUGUUUCAUGGAAGAGUCACCAACAGGGCCAUGGUGGGCUCCUCCUCAGCCAGCUUCACCAAAAAGCUGCAGUCUUUCAACAUUCACAGUCAGAAGGGAGAAGAUCCCACCGGACUGGUGCUGUGUGAUGUUAUGGGCCUGCGGGAUGGAGAAGUGAGUGGGAUGACUCUCCAUGACAUCCUGUCUGUCAUUAAAGGCCAUGUACCUGAGGGACACAAGUUUAGCCCAGAUCAACCAGUGAGGUCAGAGACUGUGGGUUAUGUGAAGAAGCCAAGCAUUAAAGACAAGAUCCACUGUGUGGCCUUUGUGGUGGAUGCCACCAAAAUUUUGACCUACCCCAAAGGCCUCAGCACAACUUUCCGACAGCUCCGUGAGCACAUCUGUGACCUGGGUGUUCAUCAGGUGGCUCUGCUGACGCACAUUGACGAGAUUUGUUCAGACACAGCCAAAGAUGUCACCCAGGUUUAUGAGAGCCGCAUCAUUCGGGACAUAAUGGAUAAAGCUGCAGCUCUGUUGGGUAUGUCCACCUCCUACAUCGUCCCGGUGAAGAACUACUCAUCAGAGUUGGACCUGGAUGUGAACACUGAUGUGCUUCUGCUUAGUGCUGUCGACCACAUCCUGCAGUAUGCCGACCUGUAUUUUCAAGACAAUCCAUCACAAAACUUAUCCAAAAUGUCUCUCUGAAAAUGUCACUAAAGUAUGUGUGUAGGAUCUGAAAAUGUCUGCCUUCAGUGACUCCAAGUGGUAAAUCAAAGCUAGAAUUACAUGACAUUACAUGCAGGGGAUUUAAACUGUAAAAAAAACCUUUAUUUUUUCAUGAUGCUUUUAAUUCUAAUAAAUGUUGACUCAAU